AAAAAAAGAAAUUCAGUAUCGUCGCAAUCUGUACCUAAAGACCAUCAUUUUGUGAGGAGCUCGCUGCCCCCGAGCCUCGGUGAAGACGCCGAAAUUUGACAGCGGCGUGGCCGGAUUUUGUGUCAGCGCACGGCCAGUGAAUUCGUUGUACGAGACUGUGGCAACUGGCAGAUUUUCCGUUGGACGGUCUGUAGGCUAGGGUAUAGCGAGGGAGCCGCCAUGGCAGUCGGAUCAUUGAGCCUCCACAUCGGGAUAUGAAGAGGAGCUGCAUGUGUCCCGAUUCAUCCAGAAAACGCCGCAUUUGUCUGUGAUCCCCGCCCGGAUCCCUGUCUGAACUCUUUGUGAAAUUGAUUCCAGAAAAAGAAAUCGCAAAAUUGUUUUUUUUUUUUUUUUUUUUAAACGAAGGGGGCCACAGGGAGAGGCCAGAUUCAUGACUAUUUUAGUCGGAGACGUGUCUUCAAAGGCCCGCUGAAAGAAAACCUGGAAUAUACGGAAGAAACGAUGCUCUGAUCGGCUCGUCUGCUGGGAAAGAAAGGGUAGUUUAUUAGGUGAUACGAAGCAGCGUGAAGGAUCGUGGGGCUAAAGGGAUCUCUUUCUCGCCUGUCCUCCCUGUGAAUUACGCUCAUAUUCAUUUACUGUCAUCCUUUUUGGAUGAGAAGGUUCGGCGAAUCGACCUGCCCUGCCGUUUAAGCGAGUCACAGUCUCCCGAGUCGAGAGAAUCUAAAAAGGGAUCGGAUCAUGUCGGGUCGGCCCAGGACCACAUCCUUCGCGGAGAGCUGCAAACCAGUGCCGCAGCCCUCCGCUUUCGGCAGCAUGAAAGUCAGCAGGGAUAAAGAUGGCAGCAAGGUAACAACAGUCGUGGCCACCCCGGGCCAAGGCCCCGACCGGCCACAGGAGGUGAGCUACACGGACACGAAGGUCAUCGGGAACGGCUCUUUCGGCGUCGUCUACCAGGCCAAGCUGUGCGACUCCGGAGAGCUGGUGGCCAUCAAGAAAGUGCUGCAAGACAAAAGGUUUAAGAACCGCGAGCUGCAGAUCAUGAGGAAGUUGGACCACUGCAACAUCGUCCGCCUGCGUUACUUCUUCUACUCCAGCGGAGACAAGAAAGAUGAAGUGUAUUUGAAUCUGGUUCUGGACUACGUUCCCGAGACGGUCUACAGAGUGGCCAGACACUACAGCCGAGCCAAACAGACUCUGCCCAUGGUUUAUGUCAAGUUGUACAUGUACCAGCUGUUCAGGAGCCUGGCGUACAUCCAUUCGUUCGGUAUCUGCCAUCGGGACAUCAAACCCCAGAAUCUGCUGCUGGACCCGGAGACGGCCGUGCUCAAGCUCUGCGACUUUGGCAGUGCUAAGCAGCUGGUCCGCGGAGAGCCCAACGUGUCCUACAUCUGCUCUCGCUACUACCGAGCCCCUGAGCUCAUCUUUGGUGCCACUGACUACACUUCCAGCAUAGAUGUGUGGUCAGCCGGCUGCGUACUGGCAGAGCUGUUGCUAGGACAACCAAUCUUCCCUGGUGACAGUGGAGUGGAUCAGUUGGUUGAAAUUAUCAAGGUUCUCGGCACCCCGACCCGAGAGCAGAUCCGUGAGAUGAACCCCAACUACACCGAGUUCAAAUUUCCCCAGAUCAAGGCACAUCCUUGGACUAAGGUGAGUCAACAGGUGUUUCGGCCACGCACACCUCCAGAGGCCAUCGCCUUGUGCUCCCGCCUGCUGGAGUACACACCGACGGCCCGGCUCACCCCUCUAGAGGCCUGCGCACACUCCUUCUUCGACGAGCUGCGCGACCCCAACGUCAAACUGCCCAACGGGAGAGAGAAGCCCUCGCUCUUCAACUUCACCACCCAGGAGCUAUCUAGUAAUCCCUCUUUGGCCUCCAUACUCAUCCCUGCUCACGCCCGCAGCCAGGCUGCCGCCUCCACCCCAACCAACGCCUCUGCCACCACAGAUGGCAGCAGCACAGAGCGAGGUCCCAGCACCACCACCGCCUCCGCCUCGGCCUCCAACUCCACCUCCUGAGCCCACAGACAAGACCGCCCGCCCUGCCCCGGUCUCAGCCCCAGCCCACAGCCUCUCCAUUGCCCCGGCCAGGGGGUGAGCUCUGCUCAGCUCUGCUCCGCCCCGCUCUCCUCCCCGACAGCAGCGGAGCGAUGCUGAAGCAGUCCGGGUUCAACAGCUAAACCAACUACCCCGUGCCACGACCACAAACCAAGCCCUUCCCCUGACCCGCCUCUUUUCUCUCCCCCUCUUCUCGCCGCCCUCAACUGGCCUCCUCAUACAGCUGUUUGAACUCUUCUCCAUCCUCCGUCAAAGACAUCUCUCCGUGCCCUUUUAGCGGGGAAAGCGAAGCGCAGGGCCAGAGGUGUUGUCAACUGUACUAUUGAUAAAAGUACACUGUACAUGUAUACACAAUGCUAGCCUGCUAAUGUUUGUAAGAGGACAAUCUGUAGAAAAGUCCUAAGCUGUUCACCUUGGCCUCCCCCUCUUGUCCUCCCCCCCUCCACAUUGUUCCAUUUUUCUGCAUCCUUUGACCUCUGACCUCCCACCUCGUGUCCCCUCCCUCCCCCCUCUCCCCCCCCUUCGGUUCCUUCUGUAGUGCAUGGCCUGAGUAUGGUAGGAUCACCUGGGGGUCGCCACGCCCCUCCCACCUCCACUUCCGCAGACAAGGCAUGAGGCUCACGCACGCGUAUACACACACACACACACACAGACACACACACUCAUGAACAGACACGCACACAUCCCCACACACAUGGAUGCAUGACGAUCCUGAUGUAUGUGGAAAGAAGCAGUCCACUCGGGGAGGGGGGUUAAUGUUUGGACAGUUAAUUUUUUUUUUUGUUUGUUUCUUUUGCCUGGGGUUGUUUUUAAAUGGUUAGCAAGCUGUUUUAUUCAACUUUAAUUUCUUUUUUUUUUUUUUUUUAACUCCUGGGUUUGAUUGCCAUGUAGAACGGAUGUGACAUGUAUCUGGUCCUGUGUGCUUGUAUAAUAUAUACAUACAAUACAAAACAAACAUGCAUACAUACACAGUUUAUAUAUUACUUUUCCUUAUGUAUAAAAAGUAUAUAUAGAUAUAUGUAUAUUAACUACAAUGGUUCAGAAAUCAUUUAUGGUGAGCUCAUAUCUGGCAGAGCAGUGGCAAUAUUUGCUGCUGCCUAAAGACAAUAGAUUUAGAUGAGGUGGUGUUUUUUUUUUUUGUUGUUUUAUUUUGUUCUGUUUUAUUCGCUGGAGUGUGGUUAGAUUCCAGCAGCCACUUCCCCCGUUCUCCUGUGUUGUCUGUAUCAAGGCUGUAGAUGGAUUUAGGGCAUUGCUCUAUUCCGCCCCGUCUUCGUACCGACUCUGUGACAGCGUCUAGACAAACAUGCUCUCCUCUCUGAAACCUCCCUUCCCCAUCUCUUUCUGUCUCUGUGAAGAAUUCAAGAUGAUUCAUUUUCACACUUUUUGGGGUUAUUUUUUUUCGACUCUUUCGAGAAGUCCCUCGAGGUGGUCUCUUGCACACACGCCGACCGCCUCAUUGUGUUGUGACCACUGACUGAAGUGUUAGCCUCUUAGCGCCGUUCCUCCUCCUCCUCCUCUUCCUCUUCCUCCACCUGCAGCACAUAGACCCACUCGGUACAGUCUGUCGAAAUCGUCUUAUUUACAGAGAAUACUCACUACAUUUAAAUGAAAAAAAGAAAAAAAAGAAAAAAAACGAGAAAAGAAAAUGAAAAAAAACAGAAUUUGUAUAUACAGUAUAAAUGCUCCUCACCAAAAUUAUGACUUGUAUGACUUGUAUGUUGUUUUUUAUGUUGUUAUGUUGAUUUUUUUUUCUCUCUUUUUUUUUUUUUUUUCCAUGUUGUGUUCAAGGUAUGUAUAUAUGCAGACCCAUGUACUGUUUAUGAGCAAAAACAAAGACGACAAAGGGUGGGGAAAGAAAUGAAAAAAACAAAACAAAAAAAAAAAACAAGAAUCAGGGCAAAACUGAUGUGUUUAUGGAUAUUGAUGAUGAUGAUGAUGAUGAUGAUGAUGAUCAGUUUUAUCCAGCCAUAUGUUCAAUCUUACCUGUACAGUACAGUAGAUGACAGCUGUAUUAUUGUAACAAGAACUAGUCAUGUAUAGUGUAACUAUAGUUUGGAGUGCCUUUGCUUUCAUACACCUUCGCCUUGUUUCCACCCUCACCCGGCCCACCACCACCACCAUCACCCCCCCAAUCCCCCCCUUCCUCACCCCGCCCGAUAUUGUGACUCUCCCUUUGGUGCUGUUGAAUGUCCUGCUAUCCUGCAACACACAUGCUCCCCUUCACACUCUUCCACUUCAGCCCCCUUCCACUCGCACAUCUCCCCCCUCCUCCCACCCUCCUUCCCCUUUUUCAUUGCACACUUAAUGUAAUAUACAGACGUUAAUUGUAAGGAUAUUUUUCCUUAACUGAAGAUACAGUAGACAAGUGUUUAUUUUAAUAGAUGUUUUAUCUCGGACACACAUGUAACACCGCGGUCCUCCUCGCACGGACUCCGGGGUAUGAAGUGGGGGUGGGUGGGGUGUUGUGGAUGGCAGCAGGGGGGUUUUAAAAAAGAAUACAAAAAAAAUAAUAAUAAUAAUGAAAAGGCCUCAUAUACUGUAUAUAUACAAUACAGUACGGUUUCUGUAUUACUCACAGUGUUGGUUCUGUUACCAAAGCCAAACUAUGAUGUAGUUGUGAUGAGUCAUCCUCAGAGGCAAUAACUCUCUUCUUUCUCUCUCUGUCUCUCUCUGGAUAUUUCGUUGUUUCUCUGUCCUCUUGCUUGUUUCUCCUCCUGGUCUGCAUAUUUCGGGGGUGGAUUCAGUAGCACCUAAAGGGGUCGAGUCAUGUAGCCUUUUUCUCUCCUGUCUCCUGCUUGCUGUAAUUUUGCAUUCAUAAACGUGUUGCUACCCUCCACCAGAAGGUUUGACCACUUCACCCCUUACCCCCCGACUCCAGUUCAAUAAAGACACCACAAUGGUUACCAAAAAAAAAAAAAAAAAAGGAUUAAAGCGAGUAUAUAUACUAGUGUCACACGUUAUACUGGCAUAUAUACUGGUUGAACAUGCUAACUGGGUUAAACUGGGGUUAAAGAAAAGAAAAAUCUAAGAAAAUACUACAAAAACAUCCUGUAUAACAGUACUACUACUACUUGAAUGCCUCUGUUUGUGACUGAAAUUUUUAUUUCAUUUGUUUGUUUGUUUGUUUUUUUUGUUCUUUUUUUUUUUUUUUCCUUUUGUUCUGUGAAGGUAUGCUAAAUGUGCGCCUCUGUAAAUAUUCCCUCUGCGUGCUCCGAGGAAUAGUUCCCUGGUACUGUAAUUUGCAUUAAAUAAAGAGUAGGAUAGCCUUGAAAUGAUCAAGAAA